UGUAAAUAUUGAAAUUUUGGCGAAAAUCGUUUUCACUGAAGGCGUUGUUCCUGUUAGGGAGGUCUGCCUGUGUAAGCUGUGAUGGUUGCUCCUGUGUUUUUCUUUUCGCGACUAUCCCAAGACGGACGCGCAAAUUCUGGGCAAAUUGUUUGGGCCAAGUCGCCAGAAGGGGUUGCCCGCAUUCAGGUCCACGUCCACAUCCGCACACAGCGUAUCCCCAACCGAAUCUGGUGCCACAUCCGCGGGUCCCCAAAGUUUGCUUGACUCUGGCUUAAAUACGAAUUUGCCUAAAUCAACAAACGGCGAGAACAGAACAUUUUGUGUGUCUUCUUUGCAUUUGAAAAGUAAAAAGUAACAAGAUUUCAUUGUGGCUCAUAUUGUCCCGUCUAUUUGCAUAUCUUGCGCGUGGCUUUAUAGCGCUAUAUACGGGCGUAAAUAGAUAUAUAUACAUAUAUAUGUAUAUACCGACCUUUAGUAUUAUAUAGUCAAGCCACAAAUGUAAAGAAAAAACAAAAACAGGUUCAUUUAACUCACGUUUUGAACUUUCAGCGAUUGAUCGUGAUUUUUAUUGUGGUUUCUAUUUCUAUUUCUCUUGCUGUUUUUGUUUCUGUUUCUGUUUGCUGUCAUUUGCAUGAGUCAACCACGAGUGAAAAAAGACAAUUUCUAAACAAAUAAAUACUAUUAAGUGCCAUGCGGUCUUAAUGUUGUUAUAUCGUUUGUAAAUACAAACAGUUGGAUAUGUUAAUUUGUAAGCCAGUUUUAAACACCAUAUUUAUAUAGGUAAUGCAAAGAACUGUGUAAUUUGUAUUUUCCAUAAAUGAAAGUCUAAGAAAUAGGUCAUCAAAGUGGCAAUAAAUCAUGGCAAAGACAUUUUCGAAUCCGUAUUCCAAACAUUUUUCACGGAAAGCCACACAGAAAAAUGCCAUUUUGGUCAACUGAAAAUCAUGAAGUAAUCAACUUAAAGCGAAACUUUGUCGGCCAAAACUUUUGCAGAUACCACGAUACUCACAAUCAGAUACACAGAUAAAUGGGCUCCAGCUACAAACUUGGCCAUAAUUGAGCAAUUUACACCACAACAAGGACAGUGGACAGUGGACAGUGGGAAAGUGGGAAAGUGGGUGGAUUUUUUGGGUGGAUUUUCUUCAUUUCAUUUCGUUUCAGUUUUUGCGUGUCUUUUGGGUGUCUAGAAGGUCAGUUUGCAAGACGAAUCGGGGAAAGUUUGCCCCGGAGCAUCAAACAGUGCUGGAAUGUGAUAAAAAUGCCGAGAUUAUGUAACCGAAAUACUUUUAAAUCGAAAUCGAGCAAUAUAAAUUCAUGGCUUAGACACUUGAAAAUGCCAACGUUGGGUGGAACACUACUUGGGGUGGCCCAUGGCUAUAAGAAAUGUUGGGGCAAUUGGGUGGCUUUUCCCCACUGGGAAAUGGGAAAUGGCAAAUGGGAAAUGGGAAAUGAAAUAUCGUGAACACAUGCCGAAAGAGAGGGCAACAGACAAAGGGACAGAGAUGGAGAUAGAGAAUGGAGCAUGGAGCGACAUGGAGCUGAGUUUGCCAUUUUUCGGUUUGGCUCUAAACAAUAUUUUAUACUUACGAGCAUAUACUGGCCGAAGAUAUUUAUUAGUUUGUUGUGCGCAUCGCUCCCAAAUUCAACUGCACAUUCGAAACUCCUUUUUACGAUGCCUUUCGGCAUUUACAUGCGAAAUAUCUUAAGUCCCUGCCAUUAAAACUCAAACGAAUUGCGAUAAGAUCGUCAUCGGCAUCGGCGUCCGUUAGUCGACACCUUAAUACCUUGAUAGUCUGCGAUGUCAGAAAUGAGUAAAAAAAAAAGUAAAACAAAAAAAAAACGAAAAGUGAGGGAAGUGUUUCCUCGUAAAUUCUUACAUUUAUUAAUUACGCACGCAGUUUGACGGACUCUCGAGAGUUUAAUCAGCCAAAUUGAUGAUGGUGUUAACCCUUGAGUGUCUGCUGUGCUUUUUGCACCUCGCGCACUCCACACAGAAAUCUUACUUAAUCCCAUAUAUGAAGUGCCAACGAUCGAUCAAAGGUUUGUGUAUCGCAGGUAUUUGCAUUAUAAGAUUGAUCAUUAAUUAUGCCAAAAUUGAGCAACAUAUUCAUUUUGUUUCAUUAAUCAAUUAAGAGUGUCACUUCGCUCAACAUUAAUCACUUCAAGCAAACAAAAUCGGCGCGAUUGUAUAUAUUAUUUGAUUUUUGUAUUGUUUGUUACUUUUCAUAAUAAAUAAAUAGAAUAUAUGGAAAGCUUAGCACAUACUAGGCACUAUUAAACAAGCUUGCCCUGUCAAAUUAAUGUCAUCACAAACAAAAGCCGAGUAAGACAUAAAUAUCCAACCCAGCGGAUGCGAUGGAUACCAGCUGAAGUCUGAAGUCAGGAAUCCGAUGUCUGGCAUUUAUCACACACUCGUGUCCCCAUGGGUUAAGCAAUUAGGGGCAGCUGGAGACGCCCACACUGGGCAGCCAAAUCGAUGGCCAAAAGGAGAAAAGCCCCCUGAAUCUGAUAGCAAUGUGGGACGAUGACGCGACUGGUCAAUGAACCAUGUCGAUGGCAGUCAGUUGGGGAUCGGAAUCAGCCUCGGAAUCGGAAUCGGAAUUGGAAUCGGGAUCGGUAUGAGUCGUCCUGCAUCUGGGCCUGACACACCAUAUGGACUCGGGGACUCGGUCGGCGCAACAAACAAAUAAUCAAACAAACAAACACAAAAACAAAGUGAGCGGAGUAAACGGAGUAAACAGGCCAAAGGAUCUGACGCGUCGGCCCAAAAACGCUGUCAAAAUCACAAAAGCCAGCGUGAUGACGCCUCACAAAUAACCGAAAAACCCGACAAAAGACUCGUUCUGAGGUGGGGGGAAUGGAGUCAGAGAUUGGUGGUCAGAGAUGGCUGUUUCUCGAGGGGAAUAAGGAGCCGCCUUUAAAGGGUUAACCACAGAGCCAGAACAAAUGCCAGUGUAAUUAUUAUGAAUGAAUUUUCUGUAUUUUCUGUACUGCCUUUGUGUGUUGUGGCCAUAUUUUAGAAUAGGUAUGAAUUUUCUCAAUUAAGCUAGAAUUUAGCUAGUUUUAACUGAAAAGCAAAUGGUAACUUAAAUAUUUAAUACACAGUAAAUGGUAGAAAAUGGCCUAUACUAAUAUAUAUUGAUUGAUAUUAAUAAACACUUAAUAUUUAUAUGAAAAGCAGCCAAAUCAGGCAGCUCUGAUUGCGAGAUGGUGAAGAGCAGUCUGAUAAGGAAGGAACAUAAAGAAGUGUGGGAGUUGGCCACCAAAGCCAAAUCAUCAUUGGCAUUGACGUUUUGGCCAACAGAGGGGUUUAUUAUACUUCAGAACCAGCCUGUUGUGUUGGCCUUUCUUCAUUUGUCUUGCCACUUUCUUGUUCCUGCUUUUCGCACGGACAUUUUUCAUCUUUAGUGCCGAAAGACUUCACUCGAGUGGUCUGCUUCUUUUUCGCUGAAUGUUUGGGUAUAUAAAAGCCAGCGAAUCGGCCCAAUGCCACACAAUCAAUUAUCGAAUUCUGCGUGCAACAUGUGCCCACAUUUGAAGCAGUUCUAUGCCAGUUCCCUAAUGGUUAGCCUGGCCAUCCUGCUGCUCCUGCAGCCCGUGGAUGCACGUUGGACUCGCAGACCCAGGCGCACCACCACGCCCAGGAGCACCACCACCAGCAGAACCACCGCCAGUCCGGAUCGCCACCAGCAUGUGCACCACUGGCCGCCACUGGUGGCACCACCUCAACCACAACCACAGCCACAACAAGUAGUUGUGGUGCAGCCACCCACUCACACCAGUGAGACUAGUCCGCGUCUCAUCGAUAGCUUCGAUCAGAGAUCACUGGAUGGGCAGUACGAGUUCAGAUAUCAGCUGGAUAAUGGCAACACACGAUAUGAGCGCGCCUACUGGCUGCCCGUGGGCAAGGAUGUCGUUCUGGCCAAGAAGGGUUACUACUCGGUGCCACUGCCCAAUGACAAGUACUCCACGGUGUUCUACACCGCCGAUCAUCGUGGCUACCACGUGGACAGGCAGACAUUAUCCGCAGAGCAGCCGCUGUUGCCGCGCAGCUUAGAAGUGCCCGGCGUGGAGAGGGUUGUGGACUCCGGAAUAGCCACGGUUACGGGUAUGGGUACGGGUAUGGGUACGGGUACGGGUACGGGGACUAAGCGAAAUUCAAUAAGCGACCCGGAGCGUAACGAGCUGCCUGUGGAAGUGGAUGCGGAUGCGGAUGAGGACGUAGAUGUGGAUGUGGAUGUGGACGCAAGUGACGCUGCCACCGAGCUGGUUCCUAACGCUGUAAAGCAAGUCGAAACCGAAACCGAACCAUCAACUUUGGCCAACGACAUUUUGGCAACUGAAACACCAGCCGACAGCCACGAUGAUGAUCACGAUGACGAUGACGAUGGCGAUGGUGAUGAGGAUGAGGAUGUUGAUGAUGAUGAAGGCGCCUCAAACUGAAAGCCCGAACAUUAGAGGACAUUUCGGCAUACAGCGGAUGGAGAUGGAGAUUGGGAUUGGGAUGGAGAUGGAGACUGGCAGGAGGGGAACUGGCACACACUUGGCUGACUCGCAGCUCGCUCUACUUGCUGCAAAUCAAAUUGAAAACAAUUGUUGCAGUCACCAGUCCGACACAGUUGAGUUGGCCAGCAGUCACCAUGUAUCCCAUGGAGCAGGAGCAGUAGGAGUGGAGUAGGAGCAGUAGGAGCAGUCAAGUCAACUCCACUUAACUCCAUCUUCAUCUUCAUCUUCAACUUGGAAUUCCGGGGGAAUGUGUCUCAAUUGCUCGCUUGACAGCUCCUUUUAGGUCGCUUUCUUUGUUUUCCCGUUUGCCGCUCUCUAUGUGUGAGAUGAUAUAUAUUUUUUUCAAUAUUUAAUAAAAUAAAUAAUAAAUGUAGGAUAUACACUCCGAGUGGCUUUUAACUUAAGCUUGCUAAUAACUUAAAGAGGCGUUGGACGAUUAUUUCAAAGGGGAGCUAUUUAAAGGAAUUAAUAUAUUGAAUUUAAAUAGAUAACUAAGUAUUUUACGCAGCCAUUAAGCUGUUUUCUUUAACAUGCUCAAUAUCUAAUGCUUUAAAAGUGUAAAUGAACCACAAAAGGUUAUCAUCUAGCUGGUGUAUUGCUACGAAAUUACAUCGUGUUCGGAGAGAGACAGAAAACGAGGUCCAUUGAAGCAAUUUCAAAUAGUUUAGAGGUGUCAUAGCCCAUUUCAAUGGCCCCAAAGGGCCAAAGACCAAAGGCACCGUGUGUGUGUGUGUGUGUGUGUGUGUGUGUGUGUGUGAUGGCCAAAAGAUGAGACAUUAUGAGGCUGAGGCUGAGGCGCAGCGCUGACACAAACACAUUCGAGCCUCGAUUUCCCAGCUGCCGACUAGUCAGUCUUUUGUGGUGCCUUUUUGCUGCGCUGCUUUCAAUUUAAAAUGGUUUCUGGAAAAAUGGGAAAAGUGGAAAAACGCCCCAAAUUGGUGAAAAGACGUAGUGAUGGUCGUAGAUUUGUUGGCGGCAAAUCGGUGAGCAUUCAUAAAACUUCUCCAUCUCUGGCACGGCCAUUACCCGCCGCCAACUGCAUGUUCAUGUUCAUGAGUCCUGUAAGACUCGACUUCGCUUUCUCUCACCCACAACCAGGUGCACAUAUGCUCGUAAAAUGCACAGUACACUGCUAGAAAAUCGACAAAUGCCGAAGAUAUACAAAUCACAAAAGUUACAGUUUCAUUUAUUAUGUGCAUACAUACUUACAGAUAUUUUCGCACUGCGCCUUGAGUACAUUUAAGUGGAAUAUUUCCUGGGGGAAAUUCAUAUUUUCGUUGAGUGUCAAGUGAAUCGGGCAGAGUUCUGUGGCAGGAUAACUGCAGCUAUUCAUUUCGCUACUAAUCCAAUGCGGGCCCGGGAUUCGGGUUGGUCCUUUUAGCCGCUCCUUUAGCUCAACCUCCAUCGUCCUGUUUCCCUUCGCUGUCCUUGGUCCGUUUUGUAUUUACGAUUCAGCCAUGCCCACGUAAUGAAUGGCAGGACCUCCAGCUCCUCGGGCGUGUGAAUGAAUUGAGUGUGCAAAUGGCUGAAUGAAUGAAUGGAUGAACCAAUGCGAAUACGAAUGCGAAUGUGAAUGCGGGCGGGAUAUAUGUUUCUUUUUGUGAUUUUUUGUAUUUUUUUUUUUGUGGCCUGAUUGGGCGGCGGAUCGA